AUGGAGGCGACCGAGGCUGCUAUCAUUUCCCCUGAGGAUGCAGACAAGACACUCGGCGAUGAUGAUUUUCCUGACGGUGGUUUUGAAGCGUGGUUAGUAUGUGGAGGGGCUCUUUGCUCAAAUAUCGCAACGUUCGGGUACGUCAAUGCAUGGGGAGCCUUCCAAGCGUACUACGAGACAGAUAUAUUGAAGGACUCAUCACCGUCGACAAUGUGCGUGACCCACCAUCCCACGUGGAUCGGUUCGUGUCAAUAUGCCCUCGUCUUCCUUCCCGCGCUGGUUACCGGCCGGAUGUUCGACCUUGGGUACUUCAAAGGACCUUACUUAGCUGCAAGCAUCCUUCUCGUCGCCGCAACGUUCCUUAUUGCGCAGUGCAAGGAAUAUUGGCAAUUUCUACUCUGUCAAGGUAUCGCGGUCGGCCUUGCUUCGGGAACGAUAUUUGGUCCUGUGCUUGGAAUAAUUUCUCAUUGGUUCAAGCGCCGUCGCGGCCUUGCGCUCGGCAUCCUUGCUUGCGGGUCAUCCAUCGGUGGUACUAUCUUCCCCAUCGCGUUUAGGAACCUCGAACCCAAAGUUGGGUUUCCAUGGACGAUGCGUAUUUUUGCAUUUAUCUUGUUGUUUUUCGCAACGAUCGCAAACCUUACGCUCAAACGUCGGCUGCCUCCGGUCAACGUCAAGGGCGGCCUCUUCAACCUACGCGUGUUCAAGUCCGCACCGUUUUGCACGUAUACAACUUCUAGCUUCAUAGCUUUCCUUGGGUUGUACACAGUUCUCACGUAUAUCGACGCAUCUGGACCAACACAAGGCGUCUCUCCCGGAUUUUCUUUCUACCUUGUGUCCAUCGCCAACGCGAGCUCGGGUGCGGGUCGGCUGAUGAGCGGUAUCCUCACUGAUCACUUUGGUGCAUUAAACAUGAUGACGCCAAUGACCAUGAUGGCGGGGAUCAUCACAUACAUCUGGCCAUUUGUCAACGGCGAAGCUUCUUUGAUUGUCAUCGCUGUCCUUUACGGGUUCUCUUCUGGCGCCUACGUCGGUCUCCUCGCGGCGCCAAUGAUCGCGUUCGGUGAGACGGGCGACGUCGGACGUCGGACGGGGAUGUAUUUCACGAUUUUGUCUUUCGGCGCUGUCGCGGGCCCACCGAUUUCUGGCGCGAUCAACACUGCGACGGGUAGUUACAAGGCCGUGGGCAUCUACGCCGGCACGAUGAUUUUGAUCUCCGUUGUGCUCAUGUGCGUGACUCGGCAUCUGGUAUUGAAGAGCCUCUGGGGCAGGUUUUAA